CUUCACCAACCCAAUCAGUAUAAUACCCAUCAAACAGCACAUACGAAAACCAACGUCCUCCCCACAAGUCAGCGGGUCAUCAUGACACCACUGGUGUUCCCCGAGUCAUAGACCUUGCUGGUUUCCAUUUUACCCCAGAAUCAACCCGACUCAGCUGCGGGGUAGUCUUGUCAAUUGCGGGGGAAGAUCUACCGACUUGAGGCAAUCGUCUUGUUUCUCGUUGGUCAAACUGUUUAUCGGGCAUGGUGAUGUUACAUUUUUUGCUGAUCUCUGUUGAAUUGUUGCCAAUAAUGAUGGAGAUUCGGUCUAUUUCUUUGCCGAGACUUGUGCCGGGGUUUGCUCUUUUCUCGUUUAACAGAGCUUUAUAUACCGUCAUCGGAGCUGAAUUCUUGGUCUUCUCGUCUCCCAGGUUCUCACUAUUCUCCCAUUGAAGUAGUGAAGCUCGUUUGUUCGCCACUUAGUACACAUAUCUUGUAACAGAACCAUGGACACAGGUAAAGCAUCCGUCCAAAUGGACGAAGGCGAUACCACUGCCGGUCGAGAGCAAAACCUCGAGUCAUGGAACUUCAACAACCAAACCGAAGAAUGGCGAAAAGACUUCGACAAGAAAUUACUCCGCAAAGUCGAUAUGCGAUUAAUGCCUACUCUCGUCAUCAUGUAUCUCCUCAACUUUCUCGACCGUUCGAACCUCGCACAAGCUAGACAAGGUUCUCUCGAAGAAGAUCUCGGAAUGUCUGGUACAGAUUUCAACCUGGCCACGUCAAUUUUCUUCGUGGGAUAUUUACUUAUGCAACUCCCCUCCAAUCUUAUUCUGACGCGCCUUCGGCCAUCGCUGUAUCUUAGCGCUUCGUGUUGUCUUUGGGGAGUGGUGUCGACUUGUAAUUCUGCCGCUGAUAACUUCAGUCAUUUAAUCGUCAUUCGAUUCUUUCUUGGUUUUGUUGAAGCGCCGUUUUUUCCUGGGGCGGUGUUUCUGAUGAGUUCAUGGUAUACGAGAGCGGAGCUUACUCGGCGCAUUGCUUGGCUUUAUUCUGGAAAUGCGCUGGCGAAUAUGUUUGGAGGUGUUCUUGGGGCGGCGAUAUUGGGUGAUCUUGAAGGAGCACAUGGCAUUGCCGGUUGGAGAUGGCUUUUUAUCAUCGAGGGCGUUGCCGCUAUCGGAUUCUCCUUCGUCGCCGCUGUCGCUCUGCCCAAUUACCCUCACACAACAAAGUGGUUGACCCAAGAAGAGCGCGCAUUCGCAGCAUGGCGCUUAGCCCAAGACAUCAGCGAAGUCGAUGCCUACGGCGAAAAGACAAUUUGGGACGGCGUCAAGUUAGCCGUUCGCGAUUAUCGUCUAUACCUAUUCGUGCUUCUCCAGCACGUCAGCUUGAUUUCCCAGACCUUCCAAUAUUUCUUCCCAACUAUUGUCGGAACACUUGGUUAUGGAAAGAUUGUCACUCUGUGGCUUACUGCACCUGCUUGGUUUGCAACUUUUCUUCUUUCGGUCUGCGUCACGUUGAGCUCUGCCAAGACGAAUGAUAGAUCGCUGCAUAUUAUUUGUCUAAUGCUCGUAGCUGCCAUUGGAAACGCAAUUGCAGCUGCGACUACAGUCGUUGGAGCUAGAUUCUUUGCCAUGUUUCUCAUGCCAAUGGGUUCUGUCGCUUCUUAUCAAAUCAUCGUAUCAUGGGUCGCAAACUCUUUCCCUCGUCCUCUUGUCAAACGAUCAGCCGUCAUCGCCAUCUGCAACAUGAUCGGCAACACAGCCAGCAUCUACGGAUCAUACAUGUAUCCCAGCAAAGACGGUCCUCAAUACACACCAGGUGGAAGUGCCAAUGCCGCUAUAUGUGUUAUCGUCGCUCUUCUUGCUCUUUUAUUGCGAUAUGUUCAUAAAUGGGAGAACAAGAAGUUGGAUAAGGCAGAGACUGAGGCGAAUGCCGUGGCUAAUGAAGAUGGAAAGGUCGACAUGGCUGGAGCUACGGGACCUCAACGAUCAGGAUUUAGGUAUAUUUACUAGACUAUUAUCUCGCAGAUAGAGGCCUUUUAGGUUGAUUUGAUCUAAUUUAGUAUAAGAGUUACUAUUUAU